UUAAAUCUCCAUUCCACAUUGAGAAGAAAGACCAUAAGCAAGAACAGAGAGAGAAAAGGUCCACAAGAAAGAGAUUAUUACAUCAAUGGCGUUAGAUGCUCUUCCCGGACUCAGUAGUGAUCUAAUCGCCACUUCGUUGAAGGAAUCGACCAAAGGGUUCAGCAACGACCACUUCCACCAAGAAGUAGAAGACGAUACCGUCUUUUUCGCUUUCAGACCAUCUUUCUUGGUGAAUAACUGGUUUGGUCCGGAGAAUGAGUCUUCCUUUGGGGAAACUAAGAUGAAUCGUGCUCAGUUCCCUUGUAUGAUAAGCUUCAGCAACGACGUUGACGCUGACGCUCGCGCUACCGUUAACGAAGCUUUCCUCAAGAAUCUUCAACUUCUCAUUUCAACCUCGUUUCCUGCUUCUGUUAAAACGCUUGUCGAGAAAAUCAGACCUCGACGGAUAGUGUUCACAGGACAUUCCUCAGGAGGGGCAACUGCAAUCCUGGCAACAGUUUGGUAUUUGGAGACAUUCUUCACAAAGAAGAGUAGUAAUGAGUUCUCUUUCCCAGAGCCUCUUUGUUUGACCUUUGGAGCUCCUUUGGUCGGUGACUAUGUCUUCAAGCACGCUCUUGGGAGAGAGAACUGGGGCAGGCUCUUCUUUAAUUUCGUCACAAUAUUCGAUAUCGUCCCUCGGAUAAUGCUUGCUCCAAAGGCAUCAACAAAGCAAGCUCUGCCUUAUGCUCUUUCCCUCCUGGGUCGUAGAGCUUCGAUCCAAGAAAACGACCAGACCAUCGCAGAUUUCUACGCAACGGUGAUGAAAGACGUGGAAACUGCUGCUCGCCAAGCCAAUUGUGAAUUGAUUGGAGACGGAGGAAAUGCGUUUUUGGAAACCUUUUCAAGUUUCCUUGAGCUGAGUCCUUAUAGACCGGCAGGCACUUUUGUCUUCUCUACGGGGACGAGAUUGGUCGCAAUGGACAACUCAGACGUCAUUCUUCAGAUCCUGUUUUAUGCUUCUCAGUCAAGCAACGAGCGAGAAUUGUCUCUAAGACCAAAUCAAAGCAUAAGAGAUCACCAUAGCUAUCAGGAAAUGGUAGAUUCAAAUCUUGACAUGGAUCACUUGGCUUUGGAUGAAUCUGCGCUCAUUGACUUUGGACUGAGCACAAGCGCGGCCAGAGAAUGCGUCCAUGCUGCAUUUGAGGCAGAGAAGAAACGAGUAGAUAAUCAGAGCAAGAUAGAAACCACCAAACAGUCUAAAAUAGUAGAUAAGCUGAAAUGGAUAGAGGAGGAAUACAAGCAGCCAAGGUGUCAAGCUCCUGCAAAAGGGUACUAUGAUUCCUUCAAGGAAUCUAAUGAAGAGAACGACUUCAAUGCGAACGUCACUAGAGCUGAGUUAGCUGGUUCAUUUGACGAUGUGCUGGGUUUACUGAAGAAAGGUCAACUUCCAGAUGGGUUCGAGGGGAGCAGUGUGUGGACCGAUCUAGUAACUCGCUACCGCAAAUUAAUGGAACCACUUGAUAUUGGAAACUACUACAGGCAUUUGAAGAACGAAGACACGGGGAGUUACAUGGAAAAAGGAAGACCAAAACGUUACAAACACGCUCAGAAGUUGUACGAGCAUGUCCUACUGAAGGCAGGACGGAGUGCAGAGGAGAUAGAGGCAUCCGGCUUAGGACCGUGCUUUUGGGCAGAGGUUGAAGAACUAAGGGGAAUAGCAUAUAAUGAGGCAAGGGUUAAUAGACUAGAAGAGUUGCUUCAAGGAUGGAUCAGAGAUAAGGAAGUAGAUGAUGAGCAUAUUUUUCUGGAGGGCUCAACAUUCAGAAAGUGGUGGCAGUCACUUCCUGAGGUUCACAGAAGCCGUUCUUGUCUUCGAGUGAGUAUGGGUUAAACAAGAGCCAUCUGAAAGCUAUUGGAACUUCCUUUGUGUAAUAAAGAGAUGUUAUAACUCUCUAUUCUCAUUUUCUUUUUUCAGUUUGAUUUCUACUUCAGGAUGAUCUUAAAUAAGAAACAUGCUCUAAGAUCAUGAAGAUAUGUAAUACUUCUCUAUUUUAACAUCAAAUUUGGUUUCCACUUAACAA